CUGAUUACUGUCAACAGAGGCUUUAAAUAGAAGAGCUUAGCCAUGAACUCAGCAUUCGACAGCCAACUCUACCAGGAUGAGCAUCAAGUUCAAUGUAAAUGGCUUCCCGUACGAAGUGCAGCCGCACGAUUACGCGGCGGACAUCACUCUAAAUACUUUCCUGAGAGAACAUCUUCACCUAACAGCCACCAAAUAUAUGUGCCUGGAGGGCGGCUGUGGAUCUUGUGUUUGUUUAACACGACGUCGUCAUCCCAUUACGGGGGAAAUAAGCUCCCGGGCCACGAACUCGUGCCUAACCCUGCUUAAUACCUGUAACGAUGUGGACAUUAUUACCGAUGAGGGGCUGGGCAAUAAGAGCAGCGGCUAUCAUCCCAUACAGAAGCGUCUUGCCAAACUUAACGGCACCCAGUGUGGAUACUGCUCGCCGGGAUUCGUAAUGAACAUGUACGGGCUUCUGGAGAGUCGUGGUGGCCGCGUGACCAUGGCUGAAGUGGAAGAUGGCUUUGGGGGAAACAUUUGCCGCUGCACCGGCUACAGGCCCAUAUUGGAUGCCAUGAAGUCCUUUGCAGUGGACAGCACCAUUGAGGUACCGGCAGAGUGCGUGGACAUCGAGGACUCUUUUGAGUUGCUCUGUCCACGCACGGGUCAAUGCUGCAGUGGUAGCUGCUCCCGCCCUUCCCUUCCUGCCCAGAACAACAGUCACUGGUACUGGCCCAAGACUCUGGUCGAACUGUUCGCAGCCCUCGCCCAGGUGCCCACUGGAGAGGAGUAUAUUCUGGUGGCAGGCAACACGGCGCAUGGCGUCUACAGGCGGUCGAGGAGUUUAAAGCACUAUGUGGACGUCAACAUGGUGCCGGAGCUAAAGCAGCACAGCAUUGAACCAGACCACCUCUUGCUGGGCGCCAAUUUGACUCUCACGGAGACAAUGCAGCUCUUCAAACAGGCCGAACAACGCCCGGGCUUCGAAUACUGCGCACAAUUGUGGCAGCAUUUCAACCUGAUUGCGAAUGUGCCAGUGCGGAGUAAUGGAACACUGGCGGGCAAUAUUUCAAUUAAGAAGCAGCACCCGGAGUUCCCCUCGGAUGUCUUCAUCACAUUUGAGGCUCUGGAUGCUCAUGUCUUGGUGCACGAUAAUGCGAGCAGUCAACGGAUAAUGACUCUGUUGUCCUUUCUGCAGGAUACUACGCCCAAACUGGUUAUUGGCGGAUUUAUUCUGAGGUCUUAUCCAAAGUCCAAAUUCUUGUUCAAUUCUUACAAGAUCCUACCGCGUGCCCAAAACGUUCAUGCCUAUGUUAAUAGUGGAUUCCUGAUCGAGUGGCAGAACCUUCAGCAUCGCAUAGUGGCUUCGGCUCGCCUUUGCUUUGGAAACAUCAGGCCAGACUAUGUUCACGCCGAGCAUGUCGAGCAGUUGUUGGUGGGUCGGGAUUUGUAUGACAGCUCCACAGUGGCGCAGGUUUUCGAGCAGCUGCUGAUAAGUCUGCAGGCAGUGGAAAUGCCGCCCGAGGCAUCGCCUGAGUAUCGUCAAAAACUAGCUUGUUCGCUUUUCUACAAGUUUUUGCUUGGCUCGGCGCCCGAAGAGCUCGUGCGAAUGCGUUUUCACAGUGGUGGUAAGCUGCUAGAGCGUCCGCUUUCCUCCGGCAGCCAAUCAUUCGAGACCAUACCAAAUAAGUAUCCCGUGACUAAGCCAGUACAGAAGUUGGAAGGUCUCAUUCAGUGCUCUGGUGAAGCCAUCUACAUCAACGAUUUGCUGACCACCUCUAAUGCUGUGCACUGCGCCUUUGUCACGGCCAAGCGAGUGGGUGCAACUAUAGAGCAGAUCGACUCAGCUCCCGCGCUCCAGUGCAAGGGCGUGGUUGCGUUCUAUGGGUCCAAGGACAUUCCGGGCGACAAUAAUUUCAACAAUACAACAUUAUUCACCGUCCCGGGUGAUGUGGAGGAAAUAUUUUGUGCUGGACGUGUACUUUACUAUGAUCAGCCAUUGGGAGUAAUUGCAGCAUUGACACACGAUGUGGCCGUCUAUGCGGCGAGUUUGGUACAGGUGACCUAUGCCAAUGAUCAGGUUAAGAUUUACACCAGCAUGAAUGCAGUUCUGUCAGCCAAAGUGGAAGAUCGUCUGGUGGUAUGCACGGAGCUCAAUAAGGAGCUUGCCCAAACGCCACUAAGGCCAGGCGAUGUAGUGGGCCGUGGAAUUCUAGAGUUGGAGUCACAAUACCAUUUCACCAUGGAGCCACAAACGACAGUAGUGGUUCCUAAUGAACAAGGACUGCAGGUUUGGAGCGCCACGCAAUGGAUGGAUGUGACCCAAGCGAGCAUAUCCCGAAUGCUUAAGCUGGAUGCGAAUGCCGUUCAAUUACAGGUGCGCCGAGUUGGCGGAGCAUAUGGUGCUAAAGUAACACGAGGUAACCAGGUUGCCUGUGCCUGUGCUCUAGUUGCAUUUAAAUUAAAUCGGCCAGCACGUUUCGUGCAGACCAUUGAGUCUAUGAUGGAAUCAAAUGGAAAGCGAUGGGCGUGUCGUUCCGAUUACGAAUUCCAAGCCAGUGCAAACGGCUCGAUUCGCAUGCUCACAAAUAACUACUACGAGGAUGCGGGAUGCAGCUUUAACGAAAAUGUCGUGGAGUUCCUCACCUUACCAACACUCAAAAAUGUCUAUAAUCUGACUAGUUUGAACUUUAAGGUUAAAGGCACUGCUGUGAAAACAGAUGCACCUAGUUCAACGUGGUGUCGGGCACCAGGGACAGCAGAGGCCAUUGCCAUGACUGAGACGGCAUUGGAGAACAUCGCUUUCGCCUGCAAAUUGGAUCCAGCUGAUGUGAGACUUGUGAAUCUCCGACCGGGAACCAAGAUGGUGCAGCUUCUUCCCCGAUUUCUCGCUUCCACGACGUAUCGCGAGCGGCGAGAGCAAAUCAACUUGUUCAAUGCUCAGAAUCGAUGGCGGAAGCGGGGCUUGGGGCUAGCUUUGAUGGACUUUCCUCUAACUGUGAACGUUGCCCUAGCUUACCCUGCGACGGUGGCCAUUUAUCAUGCGGACGGCUCUGUGGUGAUAUCUCACGGGGGCAUCGAGAUCGGCCAAGGCAUAAAUACAAAAGUGGCCCAGGUGGCUGCCCUCGUGCUGGGCGUUCCCCUUGAGCGUGUUCGAAUCGAGACCACUAAUACGAUAUUGGGAGCUAACUCCUUUGUGACAGCCAACUCUAUGGCAAGCGAGUUGGUGGGCAUUGCCGUUCGGAAGUGCUGCGAUAAGCUGAACCAGCGCCUGGAACCGGUUAAACGUAGACUGGGAUCCCAGGCUAGCUGGCAACAGGUAGUGGAGGCAGCCUUCAACCAGUCCAUCAGCUUGAUUGCCACCGAAUCGUUCAAAAAGGGCGAUCAAAGCGACUACAGCAUCUACGGCUUAAGUCUUACCGAGGUAGAGGUGGACAUUCUGACUGGCAACCACUUAAUAAGCCGCGUAGACAUCCUUGAGGAUGCGGGCGAGAGUAUUAGUCCCAAUAUUGAUGUUGGUCAAAUUGAAGGAGCUUUCGUCAUGGGUUUGGGCUAUUAUCUCACCGAGCAUCUGGUUUAUGAUCGUCAGACGGGUCGCCUACUCACAAACCGUACCUGGAACUAUCAUCCUCCAGGUGCCAAGGAUAUACCUAUUGAUUUCCGCAUUGAACUGCUGCAAAAAAGUCCCAAUCCAGUGGGAUUUCUGCGUUCAAAGGCCACGGGAGAGCCAGCUUUAUGUCUCGCAGUGGGCGUACUCUUUGCCCUGCAACAUGCCAUACAGGCAGCUAGACAGGAUGCCGGGUUGCCUCGAGAGUGGGUCAGGCUCGGCGCACCCACCACACCCGAAACAGUAAUGCUUUCCGCGGGCCACGAAGUACAUAGUUUUACUCUACAAUAAAUUUACAUUGUUAAGUAUUAUUAACUAUUAAUAAACUAUUGAUUUAUCGGUGCAUUGUUAAAUGUUUUUCAAACGU